CUUCAUAAGCUUCAAGCUGCAAGGACUGAGAUCGAUGCUGUUGUCACCAGCCGGGAAUACAAGAGGCUUCCUAGUACCAUCAUCUUCAACCUUGCAAUCCCUGGCACAGCUGCCCUGAUUUCUACUCGCCAAGACCUUCCUCGGGCGGUCAGACAAGUCAUUGAGCAAGAAAGAGCGGCGUUGGAAGCCCUUCGGGAUGCUAGCCACAGGAAAGGCAACAGGACGGCCAAGUCGAUCAGAAGAGGAAACCGAGCUUGGAUCAUGUACUUGAUCCAGGUGUGGCAGGCAAUUCGCUGA